AUGUCUCUGUCUUCGAGUUCAACCCCAUCCCCACCUCUGUGUUCGUUGAGUCCCACAACUCCCCCACCACCUGCCAGGCCUGCGAAAAAGUAUAAUUCCACGCCGAUUCCAACGAAACAAAGGUUUCACUUGGCUCCGAUCAAAAAUUCUCCAUCCAACCAAAGAUGUCCCUUCUGCCAAGUCUCCGGCGAUAAACUAGAGAAUCACAUCGGAAGCUGUCAAUAUGAGCCGGUGUACUGUGAGAGCAAAUGCGGAAUGAAAAUUCCGAGGAAACUCCACGCCGACCACGAUCGACGGGAAUGCACCAAAAGGCCCGUUCCGUGUCCCUACUGUUUGAGCGAAUUCGUUUUCGAUACCCUGAAGAAUCACAUUCCGAAAUGCCCUCGCUUCGUGGUAGAAUGCCCACCUACGCUCCCAAGUAAGGAUCCGAACAAGCUGCCUCUCUUACCCUGCGUCUUCAAAGACAUCGGAUGCAAAUUCAAGGGAAACACGCAGGCUCUUGACCAUCAUUUGGAGGCGUCCUCGAAAUCCCAUCUGGCCCUGAUGUGCGCCAUUGUGUCCCGCCAGCAGUCGCAGAUAUCGGCUCUAAGAUCGGCUCUACAUAGCGUGACGCUGAACACUACCGGAACACUACUGUGGAAGAUACCGGAUUACUCCUCCAAAUUGAACGACUCGAAAUCGAAGGAUGGUUACGAAGUUUGUUCACCUCCGUUCCUGACUUCUGCUCACGGAUACCGUCUGCAAGCAAGUCUCUUCCUGAAUGGAAACGGUUCAGGCGAAGGCAGCCAUUUAUCGGUGUACAUAAAAAUUCUACCAGGCGAAUACGACGCUCUUCUGAGAUGGCCGUUCUCCCUCACCGUAUCAUUCACUCUGAUCGAUCAGCCGCUGAAUCCAGACAAGGCGUGCCACAUCGUCGAAUCAUUCGUCCCUGACCCGACGUGGAAAAACUUUCAACGACCUUCGAAAGAGCCGGAUGCGUUAGGUUUUGGCUUUCCUCGUUUCGUGUCUCAUGAAAUGCUCAAGAAAUGCCACUAUCUCCGAGACGACACACUCUUCAUUAAGGUCAAGGUCGAUGAGAGCAAAAUUAUCGCCGUUUAG